AGAGAAAAGAAAGCCUGAAAAAUAAACGUCAAAGUUUACGAUGGCAGAGCAAGGCAGAAGAGAAAAGUGAAAAGUUUUUCAUCCAAAAUUUGUUACAGCAGUAGAAAAACCGUGAAAAUUUGAUAAUAAUUUGAAUUAUUGGUCGUAGAGAAUUGUGAAAUCCUACUCGUGAGAAGUGUGGCACUCAGUUACGCGUUGAGAAAAUGGAUUCUCUGGGGUCGGAAAUCGGCCAGAAGAUGAGGAGCGCCGUAAAAGCGAAACUCAUCGAAUUGGGAACCGGUACUGCUAGUGGUUACAUUGAUGAUGAGCUUCCCGAUUAUGUUAUGAUCAUGGUAGCAAAUAAGCGCUCUCGACAGCAAAUGGUGGACGAUUUGACACUGUUUCUGGGUGGCCAGACUGAAGUAUUUGUCAAUUGGUUGCACCAGGUGCUUCAGAAGCUGGAGGAGGUGACCCUUCCGGCAUCAUCGACUGCCACAGCUAGUGCAACCAAAGGAGGUGCAAAAGAGCCAGUGGCAAAAAAGAAGGCAACCGAUCAAAAAGAUAAAAAGGACAAGAAGAAAGACAAGAAAACCAAGAAGAAGGACAAAACUCCUGAAACGCGGAACAAUCGGGUGGAGCCGGGAAAUGAAGAGCAGCACACGCCGCCACAUCCGGCCAGUCAGUUAGGAGGUGGUACAAUUCAGGACGUGUUUGCGAAUCAGUUCAUUCAACAUGCCAAGAAAACGAUGGAUGUGGAGAACAAUGUAUCGAAGAAAGCUCCACGGGAGUCUACGCCACCCAUGAGAGACAGUUCCAACUCUCGAACAGGAAAUGAGUUCGACAUUCCGACUAUAUCUGAAAUAGCCGGACAGAGUGCAAUGUCGAAGCAUCAGAAGGAAUUAUCAGAGUUGGAAGAGAUUCAACAGAAAAUUAAACAGGCUAAAAAGCAACUUAGGUCCAUGGGUUCCGAUGAAUCGGAGGACGAGGAUUUCCUGAACAUAAAAGCAAAUGAUGAAGAUUUAGAAAACAUCGAAGAUGGAGGAGUGGCUGCUGCUGCGAGAAGGAAAGAGAAGCAAAAAAUGUCCAUUGAACAGGAAAAGACUCGCACUGAUGAAGAAGACCGAAGCAAUACUCCACCACCUCCAGUAGUUGCAGCAACGCCAACAAAAAAGAAAUCCAUAAUGGAACGAUUGGGUACUCGCCCUGAGCCAAAACCAGCCACAUCCGAUUCGACGACUAAGGAGGCGAGCAUUGCGACGAACAAGUCCAAUAUAAUCAGUUUAUCGGCGCACAGACGGGAAGAACGAGAAUUAUACGUGCCGGUUUUCCGUCGGAAAGAGAUGGAAGAACAAGCUAAAGCCCGAGAAGCUAGGGCGAAGCUUAACAGAAGUAGAAGCCGGGAGCGAGACCGACGACGGUCGCCUUCUGGUCGAUCCGGUCGAAAAAACAGCAGUCGUAGCCGUGAUCGGUCGCGAAGCAGAAGAGAUCGCGAUCGAGAAAGGGAUAGGUUUUGUGAACGAUCUAGGAGCCGUGAUAGAGGACGUGAUCGAGAUCGAGAACGGGACCGCGAUCGCUCAUCCGGCCGGGUAAACAAUGGAACAGAUGUUCGCACAAGAAUCGGUUCUAGAGUCAUAGUGCUUCCACCGAAGCCAGAAUACAACGAGGAAGAUGAGGAAUUGGAAGUUCCCAUUGCUAGUGUAGUGAAGAUACAACCCCGUCCUCAAGUUCCAAAAAAUAAACAACCUAGCAAAAACCUUCUCUUGAAGGCGAUGGCCGAAGCACAGCGUUCAACCGCAGCAAAUCUCAAGAAAACCAUAACUAAUCGGGAAGAAAGCUCUUCUCGACAUCGACGAAUGCUCAUAGAGAUACCAGGCGCAAAAUCUGAUGAAACUCCUCCCGUAGACGUCCAUUAUGAGUACGAAGACGACGAUGAAGUGGACAUUGUGGAGCAUGUUUUGCGGGAUGAUGACGUCGACGCUGAGUUGGAGCAGAUUCUCAAUUCCAACGACGAAUACAUACCGGAACCGGUUACCGUGGCUACUUCCGUACAUUCGGACACCGACAGCGAUGGGUACGUAUAUGUUCCUUCAAAGAAGCUUUCUGAUAAGCCAUCCUUGGACGUCCCAACGGAUGAGUACGACCCGAAAGACCCAGCCAAGAACCCGAAAUUUGUGGUCACCUUGGACGGCGCUUACAAAAAGUCCUCUCGAUCUUCCCCCAGUCACACACCGCCUCCCCCGGGCAAAUCGAAACCCUCCAUCAAGGAUCGAAUUGGUCACAAAGUGUCUCCCAGUGAUCCUAGCACUACGCCGCCACGGGACCGUGAACAUGGCAACGACGAUCGGGCCCACCAGGAAGCGCUCAAACGUCGGAAGGAACGCUUCAGCAUCAAAACACCUUCGAAGGAGAGCAGCGGUAGCAGCAAGCGCGAAACUUCCAAAUCUCCAGAGAAACGGUCGAAAUCAUCUAAGAAGUCUCCAUCUAAGCGUGAAAAGCGCUCAUCCAACUCCAAUCGAAAAUCUUCCCCUAACGAUUUGAAUGAACUGCUUCUACAGCGAACCAAGGAAUUGCUGGUAGACGACAGCGUUUCCUCUUCGCCGAUCUACAUGUCAAAGUCCGACUACGAAAAAAUCGAACCGAACUCUUCGUCCCGCAAGCGAAAACGCGUCUCGCCGAUUCAGUUUGCCCUGACGGAUGAUGAGGCAGAGGACACCGAUGGUGAGUACAAUCACCACCGGGAUCGAGACCACAGAGAGCGCAAGUCGAUCGAGCGUAUUGUUCCGCAUGCCAUGGAUGACGACAGUCGAAAGGACCAGCGCCGUGAGCGAGACAGCGAACGACGCACAACAGAUGAUGAUCGUCGUAGAAACGCUAGCAAUAUUUCCGGCAAUGGGGACAGCAAGUCGCCAUCGAAGAAGAUCAAAAGGUUAGAAUCUAGCCGGAAGUUUGAUGAUGUGCCGCAAUUACUUAGUUCGGUAUCGGUUUCAUCGGACGGGCUUUCGAAGAGUAAAGCCAUCAUCAAGGAGCGUUGCAAGUAUUUUCCACUGUGUCGGCAGGGGGAUUCGUGCGAGUUUCUGCAUCCGAGCACCAACUGCAAAGCCUUUCCGGCAUGUAAAUUUGGCGACAAGUGUCUUUAUUUGCACCCGAUGUGCAAGUACGACAAAACUUGUCACCGGUUGGAUUGCAACUAUAUGCACACUAAGCCGUUGGCGGGGCACGUCUCGUCGGCACCGCCGCUAGCUUCCUCGGUGGUUCCUGUUCAGAACUACAAAACCAUUACGGCCAAACCAUUGCCGCAGCUGUGCAGGUUCUAUCCGGGCUGCUCAAACGGCGACCUCUGCCCGUACUACCACCCGAAGUUGUGCCGCUUCGGAAAGCACUGCAUGAACAAGGUCGAGUGCAACUUUUACCACUACGAUUUGCCCGGCGGUAUUGGGGGACCGCUCGACCACCACGAGGUACCGCCCAAGGACAAGUUCAAAUGGGUAUCCCCCUUCUCGGCUUAGCAUCAUCGUCAUCAUUAUAACCAUCAGUAGAUGUGGAUUGUUUUUGUUUUUCCUAUCAGGUAGCUGCUACUUUCCGAUAAAAACUAAUUUCUACAGCACGUAGAGUAGUGCCCCAUCUUGCUGGGAUGCUCUUUUAAUUUCUAAUGCAAUUCGAUGUGUUUUCUUUAUUGUUUCAAUAGUUUUAAGAUUCAAUAUUAUGGAUAUAUUUAUUCUUAUUUAGAUGCGAAUUCUGUAGUAGUAAGAAAAAAACUGCAGAACGACAGCAAUGAAUUCCUCAAGAAGGAGGAAGAACUCGGUGAAGUAUAAAACAACAAACUAAAGUAUAAAAAGAACUUGUUUAGAUGUUUGUUCAAAUAAACAUUAUGUUAUAAAAAAUAUGAAAAUAUAGAAAGGGAAGAAUAUUCAUUGUACAUACCAACUGAAAAAAAAACAUCUGCAUGAUAAUAACACAACAAUAGAGUACAGACCAGCUUUUAUUCGUAUCAGUGAAAGUGUAGGCGAAAUCUAGAAGCAUCGACAUAUUGACGAUGGAGGGAAGGUCUUGCUUCAUAAAUCGAUCAUAUAGUAGUGGGCAAGACACCAUCGGUAAAUAUAAUCGAUUCAGUUAAUUCA